AUGUCCUUCGUCACUGGCGCCGACUCUGACUUGUUGAGAGGACGCUCAGACGAAUACACCAGCAGCACAGAAAAGACCAACGCCGCUACAUACACGCCAGAGAAGACGUCCAAAGACGCUCGUUUCAAGAAGGACAAAAACCAGGCAAUGGGAGAUCGAAAUCUCCGAAACACUAGAUCUACCCAGACCAGCCCAACUACCGAGAAGGAAGCAUCUGCAUCGAGCGAAUCAAGCAUUUCCACAUCAACGGCUGAUUCCAGUGAAGGUGUUAUCACAGGGUCAGUAUCACCGACCAAGGCCGGCCGUGCAGACAGGGAUGCCCAGAACUUUGUUGUCCGGUCGAAAGAUCCCCGCGCCGUGACCGAGAAGGAUUUAUCACAAGGCAAGAAGCGCCCAGCAGAUGAAAAGAAGGGCGGUCGAGCAAAGCGUCAAGUCCGGUCCUCUCAGGAGCUAGGUCUGACCUACAACAGCAUCAAGGCUAUUAAUAUGCCUCCUCGCCCCGGUCAAGUUCCUGGCCAAGUUCCUCCCGCACCUGUCUUUGGUACUUUUCCCUUUGGUGACACAGAAGAUCAUCAGAACAGCAUGAUCAUCUACUGGCUGGAUGAUCUGGAGAACACAUAUGCGAAAACGACUGAGCUGUACAACGAGACGUUUCCAAAUGAUAAGGUGACUGAUGAAGCUGUACGUCGUCGUCACAUUAGAUCUUUGGAGCGGCUUCAGAAGCGCUACGGUGCAAAGCCUGUGGCGCAGAUUGGUAUAGUCGGCAAGAAUAUCGCGAGGCGUGGUAGGCCGCGUGCACCACGUCUGAGUGGUAUCGAGCCUGAGAAUGAUCCUCCCGACGCUGCUUCUCCAUCUGAAGAGCAAAUCGAAAGCGAUGUUUCCGCCCCUGAAGAUAAUUUGGCUCCUACAUUUCCGUCUCCUCCAAAGGGUAGCCUGGCCAAAGCUACGAAUCAGGCACAACGCGAGAAACGGAACCACCGGGGCCAUGAGUUCGACAAGGCUUGUAUCGUUGUUUGGCACGACGCUGAUAAGAUGUCGUUCAAGGACAUCCGCACGAGACUCGACAACGAGCGUGGAUGGUCACUGGGUGAGCCCACGGUCAAGAAGGAGUACACGAGGGCUCGUGCUCGCAUCUGGGGCACGGCUGCACCGGACAUGGCUACUGAAGAGGACGAAAAUGGAAAAAGAGAUGUGACUGAAGACGGUGAAGGAGAAGACGUUGAAAUGAAGGAGGACUUGAUUGAACAGGAUGAGACAUGA